GCGCUACGUCAGCAGUGAUACAGAAACAUGGCGGUGUCCACAGCACAGCACCGGGCUGCUACCGCUCCUAUGUUGAUAUUAACUUUAUUCACAGCGUUAAUAUUUCAACAAGGUGUAGCAGACAAUGCUGCAGGUGCCACGACGCCAGAGGAGCUUCCUCACCGCCGGUUUGAGUACAAAUACAGCUUCAAAGGACCGCAUCUGUCUCAGACUGACGGCAAUAUCCCCUUUUGGAUCCACACUGGAAAUGCUAUUCCCAGUGCAGACCAGGUGCGCAUUACGCCAUCGCUCAGGAGUCAGCGGGGCAACGUGUGGACAAAAGGCAGAGUCAACUUUGAACAUUGGGAGGCCGAGGUGACCUUCAGAGUAUCUGGAAGAGGAAGAAUGGGAGCGGAUGGUUUGGCUGUCUGGUUCACCGAAAAUCAGGGUCUUGAUGGUCCGGUGUACGGUGCCUCGGACAAGUGGAAUGGAGUUGGAAUUUUCUUUGACUCUUUCGACAAUGACGGAAAGAAAAAUAACCCAGCCAUACUUGUUGUGGGAAACAAUGGCAACCUUGUUUAUGACCACCAGAAUGACGGCACCACACAAGCCCUCGGCACAUGUUUACGAGACUUCCGAAACAAGCCGUAUCCUGUUAGAGCCAAAAUAACAUACUACAAGAAGACACUGACGAUCAUGAUCAACAACGGUUUCACUCCAGACAGAGAGGACUAUGAGUUCUGCACAAAGGUGGACAACAUGAUCAUUCCCAGCGAGGGCUUCUUUGGUAUUUCAGCCGCGACUGGCGGUUUAGCAGAUGACCAUGACGUUUUGUCCUUCUUGUUGUUCAGACUCACUGAGCCAGGCCAACAACCGCCCCCACCUGAAUCUGAGAUUCCUAAAGAAGAGAAGGACAAGUACCAGGAGGAAUUUCAGAACUUCCAGCAAGAGCUCGACAAAAAGAAAGAGGAGUUUCAGAAAGAGCACCCAGACGUCCAAGGAGAGCCACUGGAGGACUUGUAUGAGACCGUUAAUGAUCGGGAGAUCCGUCAGGUGUUUGAAGGACAGAAUCGCAUCCAUCUGGAGAUCAAACAGCUCAACCGGCAGCUCGCUAUGAUCCUGGACGAGCAGCGCAGAUAUGUGUCUGUUAUCACAGAUGAGGUUGCCAAGAGGGGGACAACUGCUGAGUCAGGACAGCUGGAUACUGCAAGUCAGCAGUUGAACUCCGUCGUAAGCACCCAGCAGGAGGUUCUCAAAAAUCUGAAUGAGCUGAGGAACUCCUUCUAUGAGUCACUGAGACAGAUCGGUUCAGUCCAACACCAGGGUAAUACAGGUGGUAUGGGAACAUAUGAGACCAUCCAGCAUUUCAAUGACAUCAAGGAACACCUGCACACGGUCAAAAGGGACGUGGAGCACCUGGUCCAGCGUAAUGCUCAGAACCCCGCUGAGAAGGUGAUGAAAUGUCCUGAGGUGCCUCCCAUGCCUUCCUGCUUAUCCACUGUCCAUUUUGCAGUUUUCAUUGUCGUCCAGUCAGUCCUGUUCUUCUGCUACAUCAUGUACAAAAGCCAGCAAGAAGCAGCAGCAAAGAAGUUCUUUUGAUGAAGUGCAUUUAUGAAAUUAAAGUGUGUAAAUGAGGGAAUGUCCAUUUUGGUAAUUUUUUUUUUUGGUUUUGUUUGGUUAUUUUCAGAUGUAAGUUAUUGUACAUGAAAAAAAUUAGGUUUUGUUGAAAAAGUUUGUUUAAUUAAUUGCAGAUUUUUUAAUUUGAUCGGUAAAAAUUGUGUAUGAAUGCUUGUGUGAGACACAUCGUCCUGGAUAUCCAACAUGAUGUAACAUGUUCCUUACAGUAUUUUUGGUUGGUCAGAUCCUUGGAUUUUGUUUUCAAAAGCUGAAAUCUGCCUCAGUCCAAUUCCAUCAACCUGACUAUAAAUAAAAAAAGACAACCUGUGUUUUGAAAUGUGCAAUUUUGUAUAAAAUACUGCUGAACUAUUGGUAAUGAAAACUCAAGAGCAGAUGUCUACUUCCGUUUGUCUGUUUUGAUUGAGAGAAACUUGAACUCCUCUGAACAAUUUACAUAAACAGAAAACACGAAUGA